AUGGAGGAAGAGAAAAACAUUCCGCAAGAGAUUCUAGAAGAGAUUCUGGUCAAACUUCCUGUGAAAUCGCUUUCACGAUUCAAAGCCGUAACGAGAGAGUGGAGAGGAACCAUAGAAUCAACUUAUUUCGUAGAGAAACACGUUUUGUAUCAGAAAUCUCUAGGAGGAAGCCAAGCGAGCAUCAUGGCAUUAUCAAUGCAAAAAACAGACGAUGGUGUACAUGGUCUCCUUCUUGUAGAAAAUAUUUUGUGUUCAGCCAAAGGAAUCAUACAUGGUUCUCCAUAUCUGCCCAUUAAGGCCUUUCGCAGUUAUACUAAUUACAAAAUCUCGGAGCCUUGCGACGGUAUGUUUUGUCUCUACACUAAGAAUACUCUUGCCUCCACGAACAUGGUUAUCAUUGUUAAUCCUGCCUCCACUAGUCUACGUACACUUCCUAAUCCCAUCGGGAUCGGAAGAGAGAAUAGUGUUAGUCGAAGAUAUAAGCUAGUUUGGUUUUAUGAGGUUCCCCAAGUAAACAUAGUUACUAAGUGCAAGGUUUUUGCUCUUGGCUCUAAUACUUGGAAAGUAGUACAUCCGCCUCAUUGUCGACUUCACUAUUACAACAGUUCUCUAAUGCACUUGGAUGGAAUCAUGUAUUGCCUCAUUAAAACUCACGAUGAGAUUUGCAAUGCUAAGGUACUAGCUUUUGAUCUUCACACAGAGAAGUUUCAAACCUUUUCGAUUACUCUGGAUGUCGGGGAAGGAUGUGAGUUAAGCAUGUGUGUUCUUAACCAUCGCCUAUGCGUCUUCAAGAGGUUUGCUGAUAACAACGACACUUGUUUCAAAAUAUGGGGUCUAGAUAUAAGCAAGACAUCUGUGGAAAUUAUGUAUUCCAUAGAUUUUUCUUGUUUACCGCCAGAUGAGAUAGAAUGGGAAAUCGUUCCAAUGGCGACAAUCAACAAUUGUGUUGUCAUUUCAAGUAGCCACCUUAUCCAUAGCGCAUUGGUACGACUCUACGGUUCCAAAAGCAAUAUUUUAUAUCCGACAGCUUCUCAUCGGCAGUUUAUACCUUAUUUUGAGUCGCUAGUCUCUCCUUACCAAUGA